CUCUUCUGCCGGCUGGUGGAAGCGUCAGACCUCCUCUUCUGUCCUCACCUCUCCUCCUCCCUCCAUCCCGCGAACGAGUGUACACAGACUCUCAAGUUGAGCUCAGACGCGCCGAAACAGCAAAGAGGAGGACAGUCGGAUGAUAGACCAGAGAGGGAAGGAUAAGAAGGUUGAAAAAAAAGGAGAGCGGACGCGGAGCUGCUGCCGGGUCGAGCAGGAAUUUUGGAUUUUAUUAAACACUCGCGCCUUAAGUGACAGAGUUUUGUUGGCUUUCCCCCCCCGUCUCCAAAUCGCGCAUGAAGUGGACUUUUUAAUCCCUUUGUGGAUGGAGAGAGAAGUUCUUGUGACUGAUGAUUUGUUUCAACUUUGGAAAGAAGGAAAGGACAGAGACAGUGAGGCUUCCUCGGCUUUAACCGUCCCGUUUGGAUAAAUAACGCAGCGGAGCGCACCGGUUGGAGAAAAACGGGGAAACACGGGUUCAUUCAUCGCUUUUGGCUUCAAGGAGAGACACGGCAGAGAGUUCCUUCGGGAGAAAGGAGGAUUUAAAAACAGAAGCCAGCCUGCACCGGAAUUGCCCAUCGGGGGUUUCGCUCUUUUUCUUUUUAAAUUACUGACUCCAGAAAGGAUUUAUAGUUUACUCCUAAACCUCAUCUGCUUGGUGUCUUCGGUCAAGCGCAGCAGGAGCGCAGUUUGGUCAAAAUGAGGUUAUUGAUGGCACGAAUGCGAUAGUGAUCUGUCUGGGGGAAGAAGAGGAAAGAUAUUUUAAAAAAUUAAAGAUCCCCUUUUUAGUCCGAUUUCUGAACAGUCCCGGAGGUGUUUUUUUUUAACCGACUGGAGGGAUGGAGACGGUCGGGAGAAGAGGGGGCGCGCCGGUGGGAUGGCUCCUCUGGAAGACGCUGCUUCUUUUCCUGUGGAAAGUGUCUGACAGCGGAGCGGGAGCAGUAGGCGGUGGACCAGGUGGCAUGCAGGACUCCUCUCAGCCCCGUUUCUCCUCCUCCCUCCCCACCUACCUCCCCGUCCAAUGCCAGCUAAGUGGCGCCGACUCCGCCUUCUUCCUCCGGGAAGCCAAUCAGGAGGUGAUGCGAAAUGGCAGCCUGUCAUCGCGGACCGAGCCCUUCUUUCUCCACCAGCUAGAACCGGGAAUCGCCGCCCCGCAGUCCCUGCCGAGCAUCAACUGCAGCUACGGAAACAUGAGCAUUGAGCAGCCGAUCCCAGUGGAGCUGCUUCAAGGCCCACCACCCCACGUGAUGCUCUCCACCAACCAGGUGACACUGAACUGGAAGGUCAAAGGUCAAGUGGUGGUGCCCAAAGUGGGGUCAACAAGGCCUUGGAUACAGGUAUUGUUUUACUUGGUUGGGCGGCGUUGGGAUGAGCCCGAUCCGCCUCCUCCAUCCCUCCUCCCAUGUGUCAGAGCCUUGGCCAUCCGUGACACCAGCGAAGCAGCACCCUCGGCAGGUUGCCGACUCGUGGGACCAUCUGGCAUCUGCGUCGUCCGUCUGGAAAUUCCCCCAGCUUGGUUUGCACCACCGCAAGUGAGAAAAAGACCUCCUGAAGUGGCUCUACCAUCAGUGGACAUCUAUUACUCAAUUAUACCAGUGGAAGGGGCCGGUCAGGAGUGUCCUUCCAUCGUCAAUGAGCCGUGGAGAGGUCAGAGUGCAAACGUCGGGCCUUUCGGAGGCCUCGGCUUGGGCCUCGGAGGACAGUGGAGCACCCUUAUGGAUGGGGGUCUUCAAGACAUGCUGAAAGCUGGUUCUGUAGAAAUGAGUGUUGGUCCAGUUUCUGCCAAAGGAGAGAAACUGCAAAUAGAUGGAAAUGUGGAAGUUCUAGUGCCACCCAGCCCGGUUCGGCUCGGCAAGAUCGUGGCGUUCGGCGUCUACAUGAAGACGGAUUCAAACACAGAGCAGUUUACACUGAGGGUGUGGUUCCAGUCAGGCAUCAACUUCCUGGCUGUGAAACCCAGCAACCUCGUCGCGUGGGAGAUCAAACAGGAAAUGGCACCGGGAAGCAGUUCGUUGGCGGUGAUGUGUCAGAGAAAGGCCUCCUCCACAGCAGAGAGAUUGGAAAGUCGCUCGUAUGAGGUGAUGCAGCUGGAAUUUGAGGUGGAUAACGUGAUUAACCUGGUGCCAACCCAGACUCUGCACUGGAACAUUGAAUACCCAGCCGGCGCGCAGACGGCCCCCAGGCAAGCAGAGAAAGUCUCGCACCUCUACAUCAGCAACGCCGACAUACAGGGCAUCGUACCGCUGGCUGAGGACACAGAAGUGGUGAAUACAGCCAUUCUUACCGGUCGACGAGUCGCUGUGCCCAUCAAACUGGUUACCGUGGAGACCGACGGACAGGUGAGGGAGGUGGAUGACUCGGUCACCUGCAGCUCGACAGACGUGGACGUGGUCAAGGUUUCCCCAAACUGUGACCAGGUUUUGGUGAACGGGAAAGAGAUGCGAGGCCGACAGUCUCUGGCAGUAAACUUCACCUACCUGCAUCUGUCUGCUCAGCUGCAGCUCACCGUCUGGGUGCCAAAGCUGCCUCUGCAGAUCGACGUCUCAGACACUGAGCUGAGCCAGGUCAAAGGCUGGAGGGUGCCGAUCAUAACUAACAAGAGACCUACCAGGGACAGUGAGGAUGAUGAGGAUGAUGACAGGAAGGGCAAAGGCUGCACCCUACAGUACCAGUAUGCUUUGGUGCGAGUCCUCACCCAUUUUGUGGCAGAACCGUCCGACCCAGGAGGAGAGAUGGUCUACAUGCUGGGCGCUGACUGGCAAGCUGACAUCACUCAUCUGGUCUUGGAUCAGCUAAAGGUGGAAGAGCCUCGCAUUGCCAGACUAAUAGACGGACGCAUCUUAAUUGGACGGGACCUGGGGAUCACAACUAUACAGGUUCUGUCUCCGCUGUCUGACUCUAUUCUGGCAGAGAAGACUGUGACCGUGUUGGAUGACAAGGUCACCAUCACAGACCUGGGAGUCCAGCUGGUUGCAUCUUUGUCCCUCAGCAUGAUGGCGAGUCCUGGAAAUUCCCAGGCAAUACAGCUGACAACUACAGCGACAGACCUGCUGCACACACCAAAACAGGAAGCUGUGAUCAGUGCAUGGAUCCAGUACAGUGAUGGUUCAGUGACACCGCUUGAUAUCUAUGAUCCCAAGGACUUCCUCCUCUCAGCUGUCUCACUGGAUGAAAGUGUCAUUUCAGUUACCAAUCAGGAACAGCACUGGCCAAUUUUGGUAGCGGAAGGUGACGGGCAGGGAGCUCUGGUUCGCGUUGAAAUGGUCAUUUCUGAAACUUGCCAGAAGUCCAAGAGGAAGAGUGUGCUGGCAUCUGGAAUUGGAAAUGUUAUUGUUAAGUUUGGAGCAAAGAGCGAGGAGAGAGGAGUGAUGGGAAGAGGUGGACUGGAUGAUGGAGGGAUGGACAACAGCAGCAGUGAACAACGGACAAAGGAUGGAGAGUGGAAGUCUAACAGUGCAGCAGUGGACCGAGAGGAAGGAGCUAUGAGGAAGGUUAGCACAACAACCAAGAGCACAGUAACCAGCCGUGCGUCAGGUGGCAAAGCUGCCAGUGGUGGAAGCAGCAGCAGUCGAGGCAGUGGUCCCAACCAAGCAGGCGACUACAGCAGCUACCCAGCACAGGUGGAGGUUCCAGGGACUGGAAACAGUGAGCUGGCCCAGACCACCAGAGGCCUAUCAGACUUGGAGAUUGGGAUGUAUGCUCUUUUGGGAGUGUUCUGCCUGGCAAUAAUGGUCUUCCUCAUCAACUGUGUCAGCUUUGCUUUCAGAUAUCGUCACAAGCAGGUGCCCGUGCUGGAGGCGGGAGGCAACAUGAACCACGCCCACGACUGGGUGUGGCUCGGUAACGAGGCCGACCUCUUGGCCGACCACUCUGACCAGUGCCAGGGCGGGCUGCCAGAUGAAUGCACCACCAUCAUCGACCGGAACGAAGGAGGAUACGAGGAGAACAAGUACCUGCUGAACGGGGCCGGUAACACCUUGGUGAUGGGCGUGGGCUCGGGAAUGGGCACCAUCAGUGGGAGCGGUGGCACAAUUGGACACCGGGGCGUAAGCCACGGACAAACCUUGCCCAGAUCUGUCCCAGAACCGCAUCAGUGCCUUUCAGCAAUCACUACUGGCAGCAAAGACGUCACUGGCCAAACGGAGCAUCUGAAUAAUUCCCCCCGAGCCACGGCUGCAGCCGCAGUCGCAGCCGCCAAACGCAAACGAGUCAAAUUCACAUCCUUUGCCACUGUUCUGCCCAAUGAUAAUUCAUGUGGCGGAGGCCCUUACACCAACUCAUCAGUCCUGGUGACCAAUGGGAGCGAGGAUGACAUCAAGUGGGUGUGUCAGGAUAUGGACCUGGGUCAGUCAGAAAUCAGAACGUACAUGGAGAGGCUACAAGACAAUCUGUGACUGAUGGGAAAGAGACUGAGAAAUGUAGGGGCAGAGGAUGAGUGCAGGAGGGAGGAUGGACAAUGAGUACAAUUCACCUGUAAUGCCUUUGCAAUGGAUUAAUGGAGGGAGAAUGGGAGGAAUGUGAGACCAGUGAAGGGAACAUGAAGUGUGGUGAAGAGUUUAGAGGAGUAUUGAACAGACAGUUUUGGGGAUGCUUCCAUUUAGGUCCUCUUAGGAUGUGGAAAGCAUAAAGUCAUCACUAGCUCACACUAAAAUUAAUGGUAGCAAAUAAUGAACAUUCUGAGUUUGUUUUGUAUUAUUUAUUGUGAAAAUAUUAGUGUAAAAUCAAUACUAAGUCACUAUUGGUUAUUUACUUUCAGAAAACCAGUAAACCAUUGUAUACAUAAUUAUACAGUAAAUUCAGGGUAUGUUAUUGGACAAACAUUAUGAAGCCACUAUACAUUUAAAUGAGGUUGGCGAGAACUUACAUCAUGUCCUGACUUCAGAAGUCUUUUUUACUCUUAUGGUAUAUUGCCAACAUUGGCUGUAGCUGUUGAUUAAUUAUUGAUCUAGUUUUUAAUUUAUAUCAUUUAUCUGCCAAGUCUGCUGAAUGGUUGCAUAAAGAAUCACUGAAUUUUCUGAAGAACAGGUUCACAGCAGAGAUACUGUCUGUUCUUGUUCAAUCAUGUGGCCCAUUUUCCUUUUGGCAUUGCUCAUCAGUAAAAUGUGAAAUGUAAAAAAUAUAUAUAUUCCAAGUACUCGACUAGAAAUCCAGGCAUUUUGCAGUCAGUAGUGGGAAGUGCCGUUUCGGCUCCGUAUUCAGGCGCUCUUUCCUCAAACAGCAGAGCGUGUUGAGAGUUGGAUAAUGAUAUGUCAUGCAAAAGACUGUUUCUCCCUUGGAUCCAAGACAGAGGCAUUUAAUCUUGCACAAUUACAAACAGGAAAGGACAUUAGCCAUAUUUGAGGCUUAAUUUAUGUUUCCUGAAACCCUGCAGCCGAUGACGGCGUUCUCCCUGUAUUCAGAACCAAUCCCGUCGUCCCCUGGCCCCUCCCCUUGUCUGUGAUUGGACAGCAGUAGAACCUUUGUGAACUAAAAUCCACAGUGAACUACUGUGAAAUACUGUCUGUAAACUAAAGGGGGACUGAGGUGUCUCACACAAAGAGGAGGCUGCUUGGGCUUUUGCAAAGCCCGAAUGAAGACUUAAUAAUGAAGAUCAUUUAAAACAAAAUGUACCAUGUAGGCAGCAAGACAGACAGCAGUACCUACAGUGUUGUACAUGGAGCUAACAGGAUACACUGAAUGACAAUACAACAUAAAUGAAAAUGGAAUGAAUAUCUAACAAAUAGAUAUGAAACAUCUUGCUGAGCGUUGUUAUAAAUAUAUAUUUUUUUCCUUUCGUUUGUCCUUUUUGAUAAAUAGAUUUUCAUUAUGUUUUGCCUUGUUGUUUAUUUUUUCCUAAUUUGGGAAGAUAUUAAUUGUAGCUUUUUAUUUCAGAGAUUUAUUAAGAUUUUAAGAAUAUAUGAUUCAGUUUUUUUUCUCUCCUAGAUAUCUAUUUAUUUAAAUUGACAUUUUGAGAGGGUGAGGAAGGGAAGAAAGGCCAAGGACAAAGACCGAAAAAUAAUAGACCUGCUGGUGAAUGAUAGCACAUAAAGAAUAAGUGAACAGAAGGAGACAGGACAGGCAGAGGUUGCCUCACCUUCGUUAUAAGCUCAGGUGACGAGUCAUGAAGAACUGACAAUAAAAAAGGAGAACUGUAAGAUUGUUAAGAUUGCAAUAUUUAUUUAUAAAUGUGUUACUGUUUCAGAGUACACUGUAUGUUGUAAAUAAAUAAACAUGCUUCAAAGUGCUUGUGAAUAAGAUUGCAGGUCACUAGCCAACAACAUGGUGAUAUUUUGUACAUUUUACAGUGCAAAUAUGGUACACAAUACUAUCUACCACCACAAUGUGAAAGUGAUCUUAUUGGGAUUUUUUUCUAAAGAUGUUUCCUGUCUUUGUUUCGAGUAUUGAAUGAGUUCUUGUCUUUGUACAGGGUAGGAGUCAGUUUACCUCCAUAAUGAGAUGUAAAAAUGGAGGAAAUCCAUCAUGCAUUACUUUCAAAAUUGCUUGAGGAUGGUGAGUCUGUUGAGAGGUCCAUUUCCGAAAGAAAACCAAACCAAAUGUUGGGAUGUUUGUCGGUGGGCUCGUCCGAAGGGAAAACAAAGGCGGAAUCUGGAUUUAUUACAGAUACUCAGCUUCUCUAUUUUCAAUCAUUUGUUGAAGAAGAAUACAUAAUAUAAUAAUAAAGAUGCACAGUGAAAUCACAACCCAAAUUAUUGGGUCUGAAACAGAAAAGAGCUGAGAACAGAAAGAAAAAUGAGCUUAGAAUAGACGCAGAGAAGAGACCUGAGCUGACGCCAAAUGGGGGGAAAACGAAAACUGGCUGAAUGGCCUCCACCAAAGCAAUAGAUAUUUUGACUAAUGAUGACAGCUAUACUGUAUGUUCUGGACACACUACUGUAUCUAGCCUACUCUGAUGUAGUUACAAGACUGCUGUGAUCAGAAGGAUCAGCUAAAUGGGUCCGAGUUCAAGAGGUGUAAGUGUAGCAAUUCUCUCAGAUGAAAACCCUUUUUUGACUCUUUACGUGCUGUGAGUUUAAUCAUACUUUACAGCCUUGGACACCCAUUCUUCCUGCUUUCUUUUUAAACUUUAAAACGGUAUGAUUGUCAACUUAAAAAUGAAAUAAAAUGGCAAAAAAAAUCCAAGACUCUUUUUGAAAGAUUAUUUCAGGGGUAUUUCAGCUUUUAUUAAUACCAGAGGAAGGAAUCUGCUGUAUGUAACCACAAACGACAGUGAAGGAUCACAAUUUUUACUGCAUGCUUACUUGACUACUGCUUAAUCCCAGGAGGAAUUAUUUUAAAAACACAAAGGUUUGCCUUCUUUGUUCUUUUCAGAAGCGUUGGAGUCAAAAGGUUGCAGUUAGAAACGACAGUUUUAUGUGUUAAUUCAUGCAAAUUUGUAUCCACCAGCAGCGUUGAACCGAGAAGUUUUGUAGCUCCAGAAUCAAAACCUCGCUUACUUUUUAUGUUACUUAUUAUUUUACACAUCAGGGGCUGUUUUGUUGAUAAAAAGGAAACUGAAUGCUUUGUAUCUCCUGGCAAUCCAUCUCCGACUAAACCCUAACCAAUUUAUAUUAGCUUCUUCUUUUUUUUUUUUUUUUUUUGGUCAAGGUGAUAUUUAUGCAGCGUCAGGACAAGCAAGGCGUUGCGGUAAGGAGGAAGGUGACUGGGCUCACAGUGUGUUCAGUUCAUACUAACAACACUGACUUUAUCAAUAUUCCACAUAAUGCAGGACAGGAAGAUUCCAUUUCCUUUUAGUCUAAUAAUGCAAAACAGUUUUAUAUGAUUAUUAUAUAAGUCUAACGAGGAACGUUUUGAGACAGGUGGGUGACUUUGAGCUGCAGGAUUCAGUUAUUUUAUCGUAUAUGUUGUCACUUAGACUUGUUAUAAGUACUUGUUGGACUCUGUGACCACAGAGGCUCUGCAUUAAUGGCGCUGCUUUAUUUUGUCUAAGAAGUUUCCAGCCGCUGUAGAUGUCCUCUCUCACAUCCUGUCCUGAAAUAACAUGCAAGUGAAAUAAACAUUCAAUCAAUUUGUCCUCUGGGAUGAAGCAGUAGAUCAGCAAGCAAGCAGUACAAAAAACAAAAUAAAAAUAUUAAAGGACUUCUACAGUGGCUAUGUCUGACUGUGCAAAAGAAAAACAGAUACAUCCUACAAACAGUGUUCAGCUGUUGUGUGGUUACAGCAGGAGGAACACAGGCAGCAGCUGAACAUACUACAGGGCAGAUGAGGUGCUAGUGGAUGUGAACCCUGAAGGUAUUUUUGUUUAAUUUGUUUUUCUUUUUGCUAUUGUCAUUGUUUAAACGUGGUUCAUGGAGGCCAAUAAAGACCCAUAACCAAAAACCGA